AUGCUCUCCAAAGUACCAUUGAGAAAGAAACGCAAUUUCAAGAAUCUAACGCUUCAAAAUUCACCAGUCGUUGUUGGCUCGUCUCCACCAUCUGAACCGACAACUGCAAAUGAUCUCACUAAACCAGAAAACGAAAAGGCAAAUGUCACUGCAACAUCUACUACAACGAAACAAACGAUUGGAGGGUACAAUGGUCCACCAGAUUACACACAACUAUGUGAACAAUUGAGUGAGCUGGAGAUUGGCUUGGAGUUGAGACUAGAUUUGCGCCCAGAGGACUUUACAUCAAUAGAUGAACUUGGUAGAGGAAACGGCGGGACCGUAUGCAAAGUAUUACACGUAAGAACGAGCACAGUGAUGGCUAGAAAGAUAGUCCAUGUCGAUGCCAAUAUGAAUGUUCGAAAGCAAAUCAUGCGUGAAUUACAGUUUAUGCAUGACUGUAAUUCGAAACAUAUCGUCAGUUUCUAUGGUGCUUUUAUGAAUGGAGGCGAUAUCUCGAUUUGUAUGGAGUACAUGGAUGCUGGCUCACUCGAUCAGAUAUACAAGAAAAACGGACCAUUUCCUUUGGACGUAUUAAAGAAAGUUGGCUAUGCAAUUGUGGAUGGUUUAAUAUAUCUUUAUGAUGAGCAUCGUAUCAUUCACAGAGAUUUGAAACCUUCCAAUGUCCUGGUCAAUUCGCAAGGUCAAAUCAAGCUGUGUGAUUUCGGUGUUUCAGGGCAGCUCAUCAAUUCAGUUGCUGAUACAUUUGUUGGCACAAGCUCCUAUAUGAGUCCUGAAAGGAUUAUGGGAUCGCCUUAUUCUGUAAAAUCGGAUGUAUGGUCGUUGGGUAUAACUUUAAUGGAACUGGCGUUAGGAAGAUUUCCAUUUCCACCUGAAGGCACGCCGCUGUCCAUCUUUGAGCUGUUGCAACAUAUCGUCCACGAACCUGUCCCUGUAUUCCCCGCCAACAAGAAAUAUCCUUCCGAUUUAACUGACUUUGUAGCAAAAUGUUUAACAAAGGAUGUCAAGUUGAGAGCUACACCCAAUGAUUUAAUGAAUCAUCAAUAUCUCGUGUCUGCUGCUACAGAAAAAGUGGAUCUAGUCAAAUGGGCUUCUAGCAUAGUAUAA